AUGAGUAUUGUACUAAAAAAGCAUAAUAUCUGGUAUAAACUCAAAAAUUGCCACGUAAUCUCACUCAAUCAGCUUCCAGGUUUUGAAUUUUCUCACUUCUGUAAAGCUAUAAAGCAAAAAUCAGGACUGUCUGAACCUGAUUCUCUCACUCUCCAAAUAAAGCGAGAAGUUAACACUGAAUAUAUUUCUCUGAACAAUACUUAUUUUCGAGAUAAUUGCGGUAAAAGCUUUAAGAGAUUGGUUAGUUAUUUUGGUAUCAAACCAACCAAUCCAAUAAAAGUGACACUUUCUGAUAUGUUCUUCCCAUUUAUGACCACAUUAAAUGAUGAAAGGAUACAAGAAUUGGAAAAGAAAAUAGCAGAAAUGGAGUUAGCUAAAGAUCAGGCAGAUCUAGAGAAAAGGAAAGAAGAAGGAUCAGUGGGACGUAUGCUGGAACAUGUGCCUGAGUUUAAAUAUGCUUCUAUUGCAUUUAAUCACGAAUUCAACGAUAAAUCAGAAUUUUUAAACCAUUUUCAGCAAUAUAUUGAUAAAUGCCACUAUAAAUCUAAAGACAUUUACAUGCCUUAUCUCACUGUUAUACAAUCCUCAGGCUAUGGCAAAUCGAGACUCAUAAAAGAACGAUUUUGGGAAUGGCAACUUAAUGAUAAUGGCAAAUCUAUUUGGAGUCCUGCAAUAGCUGCUGUAAAUAUGUACGAAAGUCAAAGAGAACUAGAAUUAAUUAGGGAUAAUGCAGAUUAUCUAAAAGAAAAUUUCAGAAAUGCAAGAGGUUUAUUUUCAGUGAUCUUGGACACUACAUCACGACUCUCAAACUUUGCACCUUCUCCUAGAGAUGACCCAACUGUGAAAUCAAUCAAUGAUAGCCGCAAGAUCUUCAUGCCAUUCAUCAAUAUUACAACUUUUAACACUCUGACUGAUUCUUCAGGUACUUACUAUAAUCGUCUCUUCUCUAAUGGAAGACCAUGUUGGAAGGCACUCAAAGAUGCAUACUGCAAAGGUAUUAAUUCUGAGGAAAAUGAUAUUUAUGCUUGGGAUAAAGUCAUAAAUCUUGUAAAAGCAAAAAUACAAGGAGACAUUUCCCCAUUAGUACACUUUGCUUCAAAUCUCAUUGGUAGUCAUCUUGGUACCUGUUUUGCGAUCUCUCAAGAUAGGAUGAAAGUUCUAGUCUGUUAUCCAUCAGAACCUUUGAUUACUGAAGCUGUUUAUGAACUUUUGAACAAUGACAUUCUAGAUUGUAUUGCACAAACACUUGGUCAAGGAAUUGUAGAACCAGGAAAACAUGGUGAGAUUGUUGGAGAGCUCAUUCUUAUAUUGACCUAUUAG